GCCCCUCUGACGUCAUCUUUCCGCGCCAGCUACACAAACUGUGGAGGACGCCAAACAAGCAUGGGACACCUUGGAAGCGUAUUUAUUUUGAUGUCUUUUACCACACUCCAUCAUAUUUCAGGUGCUGCUGGUCGUACUCCGCUUACCUGUCGUGAACAGGUGGAGUUCAGGUGUAAAGAUGGCUCCUGCAUCCUGAAACAGAAGUUAUGUGAUGGACACGGCGACUGCGUGGACGGAUCGGACGAACGGCACUGUGGUGAGCCUCGGUGUACGAAGAACGAGUUUUCCUGCCGCAGCAGCAGACGAUGCAUACCCUGGCGCCUGCGCUGCAACGGCGUGGACGACUGCGGCGACAGAAGCGACGAGGACCCCUGUCCGAGCUGCGCCGCCGGCCUCGUCUCCUGCGGCCCGUCCGACGGCUGCCUGCAGGCCGUCAAGCUGUGCGACGGCCGCGUGGACUGCAAAGACGGGCGGGACGAGCUGCGGGAGUUGUGCGGCCCCCGUAGCGCUCUCUCUUGCACAGCAUCCGAGUUCGAGUGCGGCGACGGCAAGUGCGUCCCCCACAGCUGGAGGUGUGACAACAAAGCGGACUGCACGGACGCCAGCGACGAAGACGAAUGUGAGCAGAACGAGUGUCUGCUCAACAAUGGAGGCUGUUCCCAUCGCUGUGUGGACACAGGGAUGGGCUUUCACUGUGAAUGUCCUGACCGUAUGAAGCUUGUUGGGAAUACACAUUGCGAAGAGGUCGACAUGUGCCUGGAGAGCGACGUUUGCGAUCAGAUGUGCGUUCACACCAACGGCAGCCUCGCCUGCGAGUGCCUGGACGGCUAUCAGAUGACCCCGAUAAGCCGAGAAUGCAAGGUCAAAGGGGACGAAGCCCGCCUACUCGUGUCCACAUCUAAAGGACUCGUUCAGAUGAGCCUUAGUGGUGCGACAUCCAGGACCCUGACAGCACAUGUACCAGGACCAGGACCUGGACCCGGACCUGUGGCAGCCUUGGCCUCCAAUAACACACUCUACCUAGCCUGGCAGGGACGGACGUCCAUAUACAGGGUCAAGUUAAACGCAGAGGACACGGAUGUCGCGUCGCUGCUGGAUGUUCAUAGCCCAGUGUUUGGCUUGGCGGCGGACUGGAUCCAUCGUCUUCUCUACUGGACCAGUAUGGAGAGCGGUUCCAUCGGCGUCGCCUCGCUGGAUGGCUCCGCACAGCGCUCGCUCAUCACAGGGCUGGACAAGCCUUGUGCAGUCGCGGUCGAGCCCCUACGCGGGCUGCUUUUUUGGGCAGAGUGCAGCAGCUCGCCAAGGAUUGAGAGGACGACCUUGGAUGCCCAGGACAGAUUGACCCUGGUCACUUCUCUUAUACUCCACCCGGUUGCUCUUUCUCUGGAUACGCCUCGCCACUUGCUGUACUGGCUCGAUCAGGGAAUGAGAAGCAUCUCCAGAGUCGAUCUGGAUGGGCGACACCGCAAAACGGUGGUCGAGUCCAACGGAUAUCUGGAUCGUCCGUUCGGCCUGGCGGUGUUUGAGGGUUUCCUAUACUGGAGUGACCUCGACACGCAUUCCAUCUGCAGAGCUAGCAAGCACAGCGGUAGCGACUUCCAGAUCCUUCCGAUAAACGUCACCUCACCAGGCGGCGUUGCCGUCCUUCACGGCGUUCUUCAACCCGACGGCGACGCCGCGUGCGGCCGUCCUGGGAAGGUGUGCGCGCACGGGUGCGUCGUCGACCUCGUUUCGGCGACUCCAAACUUCCGAUGCGCUCCAGCCGACGCGGUGAAGAACCGAUCGCCAGACGUUCCCGCUAUCUCCCGCACCGUUCCCGCAACACGCUUAUCCGAUCCUGCGUUUGCCGGAAUCCUCUCGCUUGUCGUGUUCCUCAGCGUGCUCUUGGUGGGAACGCUUCUGUGGUGGUGGAGAGAGGAGUUCCGCCCCGCCGGGAAUCUCACAGCGCAGAGCUUCACCCUCAAAGAGUCCCGGGACCCCCUCAUCAAGGGUCCGCACGCAUGCCUCGAUAAGGAAACUCUUAAGCUGGACUUGGACAGUGAAUGAAGAGGCUGCGACACAGAUAACCCCCGCGGUGGCCUGCAGCGUCGCCCACCUCUCCGCCUGGCCCCGUCCCAGUUCUCGACAUGCCCCCCCACCCCAAACAGGAACAGACUGUAGGUCAUUCCUGGUUUGAUUUUGAAGGAUUUUUAUGUUCUGCUUUUGUGACUCUCGUCUAUUUUGGAGAAGUGGAGUCCUAAAAGCAGAACAAUCGCAGCUUCCGUUUGGGACUUGAACACUUUUUCAGUUACACAAAACAUUUACUUGAAGUACAACUGGACACAAGAACUUCCAUUUAAGAUGUUUUUAAAAAAACAAAAAAAACAAAACUGCAUUUUUAAAGUCCUUCAGUAUGGCUGCACGGUGGUCAAGUGUUUAGCAUGCAGGCCUCGCAACUAGGAGACCCGAUUUCAAUUCCAUACUUCCAUACUGAAGGACUUUAAAAAUGCUAUUUUUGUUGUGUUUUUUUUUUUGAUUUGUCACAACAAAAAAGCAUUUUUAAAGUCCUUCAGUAUGGCUGCACGGUGGACAAGUGGUUAGCACUCAGGCCUCACAACUAGGAGACCCGUGUUCAAUUCCAUACUUCCAUACUGAAGGACUUUAAAAAUGCUAUUUUUGUUGUGGUUGUUUUUUUCUGUUUUUUUUUUGUCACGACAAAAAUGCAUUUUUAAAGUCCUUCAGUAUUGCUGCACGGUGGUCAAGUGGUUAGCAUGCAGGCCUCGCAACUGGAAGACCCGAGUUCAAGUCCAUACUUCCUUACUGAAGGACUUUAAAAAUGCUAUUUUUGUUGUGGUUGUUUUUUUGUUUUUUUUAUUUGUCACAACAAAAAUGCAUUUUUAAAGUGGUUAGCAUGCAGGCCUCACAACUAGGAGACCCGAGUUCAAUUCCAUACUGAAGGACUUUAAAAAUGCUAUUUUUGUUAUGGUUGUUUUUUUUUUUUGAUUUGUCACAACAAAAAUGCAUUUUCAAAGUCCUUCAGUAUGGCUGCACGGUGGACAAGUGGUUAGCAUGCAGGCCCCGCAACUAGGAGACCCGAGUUCAAUUCCAUACUUCCUUACUGAAGGACUUUAAAAAUGCUAUUUUUGUUGUGUUUUUUUUUUUUGAUUUGUCACAACAAAAAAGCAUUCUUAAGUCCUUCAGUAUGGCUGCAUGGUGGAAAAGUGGUUAGCACUCAGGCCUCACAACUAGGAGACCCGUGUUCAAUUCCAUACUGAAGGACUUUAAAAAUGCUAUUUUUGUUAUGGUUGUUUUUUUUUUUUUUUGAUUUGUCACAACAAAAAUGCAUUUUCAAAGUCCGUCAGUAUGGCUGCACGGUGGACAACACGCAACUAGGAGACCCGAGUUCAAUUCCAUACUUCCUUACUGAAGGACUUUAAAAAUGCUAUUUUUGUUGUGGUUGUUUUUCUUUUAUUUGUCACAACAAAAAUGCAUUUUCAAAGUCCUUCAGUAUGGCUGCACGGUGGGCAAGUGGUUAGCAUGCAGGCCUCACAACUAGGAGACCCGUGUUCAAUUCCAUACUUCCAUAUUGAAGGACUUUAAAAAUGCUAUUUUUGUUGUGGUUGUUUUUUUUCUGUUUUUUUUUUUUUUUUUGCACAGAGUUGGCCGAGGGUGGAAUCGAACUCGUGUCUCCUAGCUGCGAGGCCUUAGAAUUAUUUUUAUACAUCCUCCAAAUCAGCGGUGCCUUCAAUGUCAUUCUUUAACUGUAUUCGACGACUACUGUAGUUAGUGUUUGCGUGUACGCAAUAACAGGAAGUAACAGGAAGUAGUAUUUUUCAGUUUCUUGUGGGUUUUUAGGUCAACUGACAGCGGAAACGCCGCCUUUCUUUCUGUUUAUGAGCGCAGUUGUUUUUUUUGUUGUUUGAACGUUGUGAGUUUGAUUGACGGGUCUGUGCGCCGAGAAACAUAUUUUAGUGCGGUACAAAUUGAUGUUUUGUAUUUAUUGAAAACAAAAAAAAAGCUAGGCUUUUUAAUUUAUUAUGGCACUUUUGCAUUUGCACCGCGGGUCAAACGUGACUGGAAAGAUAGAAUCAAUUAAAAUUGUUUAGUUCCGCAUUUCAGUUCUGGUUUGUUCGAAUCCCUUCCACUUGCUUCCUGGUGCUAAAUGAGCUGAAUCUGUGUUGGACUGCAAUCCACCCACUAUACACCCACUUUUCACCCGCUAUCCACCCACUCUCUGGUGGCUUGAUAUACCCUAUCUUGCAUCUUGUGGGAUGCCUCAGGGUUUGGAUGCAGGGCCAAGUUGAUUUGCACUUUUGAUUUUUUCCUAUCAACAA